AUGAAUGAUGGCCAGGUAAUGCUGAGAAACGAUUGCAACAUGAUUGCCCUGCCCAUGAAUCGUUUUAUCGUCAAUGAGACCCUAGAAUUUAGUCAGGAUAUGGGCGAGAAAAUCCAGCUACGUUUUGUCGUCCUUUAUAAGAUACCCAUUGCGUCCAAGGAGCUUCCUUUCUUGAAUGUUAGCAUGGGCCUGUGUGAGUUAUUGGAAAGUAAAAUGUCGUCAGUUUUGAUGCGUUCGGUGGUUGAUGAGUUACGAAAAUCCAGUAAUUUGCCCUAUGCAUGUCCCAUGAAGAAGAACUACAUCUACAAGCUGGAAAACUUUACCUUAACUGAAUCAUUGCUUCCUCCUUACAUACCAAUUGUAAAUUUCAAAUUUAGUGUGGAAAUGUUUGAGAAUGGCAGGUCGUUGGGGUAUCUCAAAACUCAGGGGGCCACAAUAAAAAGAACAUGA